GUGCGUUGCUUCAAACCUUCAAAACCCAGGGACAUAUCGCUGUGAGCGGAACAGACGUUUCACUGGGAUUGCUUUAUAAGGAAGGAUUCUUUGAGCCACACAGGAAGGCCCUCUGACAGAGCCAGGCUUGGGAGAAGCAGCCGUCUACAGGGCCACGUGGGAGAUGUUUCGGAAAAAAGCAUCUUCCUCCUUGAGAAUGAGAAGGAUAACAGAAAGCACUAGAUGGAAUAUCGACCGUGGGCGAAGCUUAUCCUUCCACGAGGUUUGUGGCCAGCGCGAGGUGGAGAUGAGGGCCGCAGCCGAGGAGUCCUCCAACAGCAGCAGUAGUGUAGGAGGUGGCGGCAGCACAGUCCUGCAGCGUCUCUUACAGGAACAAAUGAACCGGAAUUAUGUGCUCCAGCAACAACAAGGUGGAGGAGGAAGCGGUGGAACAGGAGGCGGAGGAGGAUACUCGGUGCAGGGACAGGUUGGGCCAUCUGAUGAUCAUUCCAUGAGCCCCCACAUUGCCCGGCAGGAGCCACAGGGACAGGAGUUACAGACAGACAGCGGCCUGGAGAAGCUGGGCUCCUCCAGAGCCGGAGGCGGAGGUGGGAGUGGUGGAGGGGGAGGGGGAGGAGGUAGUAGCGGAGGAGGGAGCAGCCAAGGACAGUGUCCGAACUCCGAAGACCUCCCUACAUAUGAAGAGGCCAAAGUGCAGUCGCAAUAUUUUCGGGGCCACGCCCCCCCUCCUCCACAGCAGAAUAACCAGGCCCCGCCUCCUCUACAAGCGCCUGUGGGCGCCGCCUUCUAUGUCACAGGGGUGAGCAGCGCCAAGGUGCGCACUGAGGGGCGCCCCACGGUGCAGCGAGUUAGCGGCAUGGGGAAGGUCCACCAGGACGACGGGCUCAAGGACCUGAAGCAAGGACACGUUCGGUCGCUUAGCGAGCGACUUAUGCAGCUCUCAUUGGCCACCAGUGGCGUGAAAGCUCACGCUCCUGUCACUAGCGCCCCACUUUCUCCCCAGCUGCCCCCUCCAGGGCCAGCUGGUGACUUAUACAAGACGCAGCAUCGCGGCCCACCUCCUGACUACCCGUUCAAAGGUAUGGGUUCUCCCACCAAGCAGCAGGAGGCGGGAGGCCAUUUUUACCAGGAGCAAAGAGGAAGGGAACACUCGAGGGAAGUGCCUCAUGUCCGAUACCAACCCCCACCAGAGUACGGCUCGUUCAGGUAUUGCAUAUCUGCCUUCUUGAUCCUCAUCUUCCUCAAUCCUUUCAACAUUAACAAGCGCAUGGAAACCGCUAAUAAGCAGCUCGCUGCUAAGGAGUGUGACGGCUCGGAGGACAACCGCAAAACCAUCUCCCAGCUGCUGACACAGAAGGAUCAGAAUCUGAAGAAGAAGCAGGUGUACGUGGAGAAGGUGGAGAGGAUGCAGCAGGCUCUGGCUCAGCUGCAGGCAGCCUGUGAGAAGCGAGAACAGCUUGAACACCGACUUCGUACGAGACUGGAGAGAGAGCUGGAGUCACUGCGUAUGCAGCAGAAAGUGUGCAUCAUUACUCUGAAACUUUGCUCUGCACCUGUUCUGGAGCUCCUGUCCAAAGAAGGUUGCUGCUCACCUGAGAGGUGGCAGUCAUUGUUUUCCUGGGUGAGAUCAUCCAGGCGUCAAUAAGGACCAACAGUCUGUUUAAGAGAAACUGCAGUCUGGGUGUGAGCCUGUCCUUGUCCGUGCAGGGACACGUCCGCUACGAUGAUCAGCCACUCUCCCAGCAGCAGCUACGACACAUCGGUGGAGGCUCGAAUCCAGAAGGAAGAGGAGGAGAUUCUGAUGGCCAACCGGCGCUGUCUGGACAUGGAAAAUGGAGAGAGCGUGACGGGCUGCUUCUGUGCAGAGCUGUGUUUGUGGCGUGAAAGGCGCUCCAGGAAGGAGCCCGUUAAGUCUGAUGCACCAUCUGCCAUGAGGCCCUCCAAGUCCCUGAUGUCCAUCUCCAACACGGGUGGUUCUGGGCUGCUCUCUCACAACUUGGGACUGAGUAACUCACCAAUCACCGAAGAGCGUAAGGACACGAGUUGGAAGGGCAGUCUGGGGGUUCUGCUCGGCCCCGAGUUUCGCAUGGAGUCUCUCAGGACGGAGUCGAUGUCGUCGUCUCCGUCCCCGGUCCUUCCUUCGACACCGAUGACUGCGGGACACUCAAAGACAGGCAGCAGAGACAGUUACACGCAGACGGACAAGGGCCACAGUCAGGACACCAGCAAGCCCAGCACGCCGGCCCUGCAGAGCAUGACGCUGCCAGCUCGCCUGUCCAGUCCUAGCCCCGUCUACAUCCCCGACCGCAUCGCAGAUGCUCAGGCGUUUCACACCAGCACGCUGGAGCGCAGACUCCCCAUCCAGGCCCACCCUCAGCAUCAGUCAGCUGCUCCAGCACAGUCGAGCCAACAGGAAGCCGACGCAGAUAUGGUGGAGAUCCUCAUCUGACCACCUCAUCUCCGGAGUGGGAGCUCCGUCAGCGCCGACGACCUGCAGCUCUCGUUUUCAUACCUUUGUGUUUACAGGCGUGUUCAUUCAGACACUUUUACAUCAGCUCCAGUGAAUCAGUGUUCAUCGAUAUCUUUAAAGGAAAUCAGCCCGUCGCAGCACCCCGAGCGCUGUUUCUUGAAUGUGAGUUUAAAUUAAGUGGUGACUGGAAUUUAAGAAUGUCAGUGAUCAUGUGAUUUCUUCUGUCCGUGCCACUCGUGCUCCUGUGUUCACAGUGAUGGCGUUGCAUGGAAGUUAAAUAGCUUUAUGGACUAAUAAGCAUGAAUCCUUCAUGUUGUGUCCAUGCACGAGACGUGUUGUUCCUGACUGUACAUAACUGUUUAUAGCUGCACCUCUAAGGUAAAUGUUUCAUUUGUCACGCUGCCCUGGGGGUUCAGUGUUACUGUUAAUAGGUCAAUACGUCACUGUGUACGGCACCAGUAGUAUUUCAGCACAUUGCCAAGCUUAACUUUUUCCCCUCUCGCAGCCAGUAAUGCACCAUCUAUAACAUUUAUGUGUGUAAUAGUACGUUUUUCUUUAAACGACCUGAUGUUAAAGUACGACAUGAGCAGGUCAGUAAACACCCUUCACUCUGAAACUGGCCCACCUGGUACCCCUGUGCUUCCUCCAAACAGGCGAACCCUGGAUUGCGUCCGUGCACAUCACUGCGUCGAGUCGGGGUUUCACACGUCUGCCUUUGACCUCAGCAGUGAGGGUGGGACAGCUUAGUUAAGCUUUCACGACCUCCCUCUGUGGAGGAAUUUCCCUCACCAUGUUACGGUCUGUGUUGUAAGAACGUGCAGCUUUCUUUUAGUACGUUAUCAUUUUAAAAAAGUGACACAAGCGUUUAGUUCUUGAGGAUCUUUCCAUUUCUGACACUUUAUUACCAGAUUUCUCCAAAUGACUCGCUAAGGGUCAGAGCAUCGAUGCUCCUCUGCAAGCAGCCAGUGCCUCCAUCAGAUGUUGGAUGAAAGCACUGAAUAGAUGUGUGUUACUGGGUGAAUCAGUGCACUGUAUAAUAUCAGUGCACUGAAUGUCUCUGUGUCACUUUGGUAAGUUGUCAGGCUGGUUUUUGCACACGUGUGUGUUGCUCUGUAUUAGCGAGCUAGUUUCCAGCCAUCGUGUCAUAAUCCUGAACAAAGUAACUGAUCGACCUGUAAAACAAAAAGCUUUGUAUACAUGACAUAAAACGUUAACCUUCAGCAGGCAGCACGUGCUCAGUCUCUGAAAAUAAACUUUCCUCACAUAAAGAAUCUGAUUCAGAUAAUUAUGUUCAGCAAAAAUAAUAUUUUAAGACAAAAGUUUCCAACUAUUUAUCUUCUGUGAAGUUCAGCCUCAUUAGAGUAUAUGGAGGAGUGCUGCUCGAGUGAAUGCACAGACAUAUUGGUCCACAUCUGUAUGACCGUCCACAUCUGUGUCCACGUUACUGUAGUGCUGCUGCAGCCUGAUGUCACCAAUGUAACUGAGCUGAUUCACACGGCUAAUAUCACACUUAUGAAAAGUAGUUUUAUUAUUCAAGCUGUCAUUUAACAGUUUCCAAUAAAACUACCAAAGAAUGGGCAGCAAAAUAACGUCAUGUCAGUGGGACGGGAUCAUUUCACUACGAAUACUUAAAGAAAACUGACAAUAACUUAACAUCAUCAGGUUAAAUGAACACUUUUCCCACCAUUGCAGAAUAUUUUAGGAUAUUUACUCUCCACUCGUACUUAUCUCCUCUUGUUUGAGAUUCCUGAUUGUAAUCUGUAAUUUCCACGUCUGUCUGCACGUUGGGACCAUCCUAAACGAGCUCACGACAGUUUCUAUUCUUCGUUUCCUGGUUCCACAUUUGGUAAAGUUGCACUUCUUUGUUUCGCCCUGUCAUGAGGGGAACUCGUGUAUAAAUCGAGCUGCUUUGCUUUCUGGUGUAGAACAAAGAAAGAUGUUAAACUGCGUUCAGUCUGGUGUGAACUCAGUAAAUCUGUCAGGCGACUCGUGAAGGUCUGUUACUGGUUCAUGUUCAUCGGGUGUUAAAGAGGUUAUGGAAAUGAUGCUAAAACACAACAGUGUUAGUGCAGACGUGUUUAUUAGUUUCUACCAUUAGUCUAGUAUUAUGCAUGCAUUAUAAAGUAUUGAUGUUUCAUGUGGGCUCAGUUGAAAGUUUGAUGACAAAGGACCUGUGGGCCCUCAGGUGGGAUCACGGAGAACGUCAGGAUAUUAUGAAUGUCUCCCUUCAAGUCCUGGACGAUGCCUAACAAGCAUGUAGUUCUAUUAUUUUACCAAAUUUCAGUGUUUUGUCCAGUUUAAUUUCUGGUUUUACAAUUAUAGUCGCAGGACUCUCGAGGAAUUUCAGAAAACACUGGAGAAUACCAAAGGUUCCCAUCAGAACACCAGUAGGAGAGUAAGAAAACCAACGUUUUCCAACGAUCCUUAAAAAUCACUCGAAUCGAAAUAGUUUUUUAGAAAUGAGCUGUGUGUGAGUGACGGCUCAUUUAUUGCAGAGGUGCCUGUUAACGUUGCUCCUGCAGCAGUAAGAAGUGAUGUGCGUCUCUCAUCCCACCUGAGGAUGUCCUCGGUCCUGCCCCGCCUGCAUUUCCAAAGCUUCACUGUGUUCAUAGCUGCUUUUUGUUUAAACAAGUCAAAUCCUUUGAAAGCAUUUCCUCCUGCAGCAUAUUUAGUUAAUAAUCUAAGUUACAUUAGUUCCUCUGCACUAUAAAUAAAGUACAAUUUGUUAAGGAUUGCAGUCUGUACCAGGCACAUGCCCUAACAUAUUUAUUAACUCAUGAUUAUCUCUGCAUGUAACACCUUCAAAGACUGAAGUGGCGGUCACAUUUAUUGCACAUUGUGAUUAUAAAUCUCCCAUAAUGUGACAAAUGCCUGGCAAAGAACACAUGUAACAAAAUGUCUCGUAUUGUAGCUUCUUUACGUUCUUUUUAGGCCGUUUUUUACACUCCUUAAUGUUGUUAUUGCUGUACAAUCAAAAUAUACAGAAUAUAACUUCCUCAUAUUGUAUCCUGGUAUGAAGUCACUGAUUUAUGUGCUUUUGGAUUUGAAACUUGGUCCUUCUCCAAAUGUUUUUUAUUAUCUUUUAUGAAGUGAGUAUUACUUUAACUGUUGUUCAAUAAAUUAAUGCUGAGGCUUCAA